AGCGUGCUCGGGUGCGGCUGUGACCUCUGAGCCCGCGGCUCAGCGCGCGCUGCUACUGCUGCCCGACCCACUCCACCUCGCGGUCCCCGCACCAUGGAGUCGGUGGCCUUACUCCAGCGCCCGAGCCAGGCUCCCUCGGCCUCCGCCCUGGCCUCGGAGAGCGCCCGGCCGCUGGCGGACGGGCUCAUCAAGUCGCCUAAACCUCUGAUGAAGAAGCAGGCGGUGAAGCGGCACCAUCACAAACACAACCUGCGGCACCGCUACGAGUUCCUGGAGACGCUGGGCAAGGGCACCUACGGGAAGGUGAAGAAGGCACGAGAGAGCUCGGGGCGUCUGCCAGUAGCUGGUUUGAAAUUCAAGAAGUCAUUUCAUUGGUGAAGGAGAGUGGAUGUUGGAGAAAGGAGUGGAUUAUAACCCCAUCAAUAGGAGCAAGUGGCCAUCAAGUCCAUCAGGAAAGACAAAAUCAAAGAUGAGCAGGAUCUGCUGCACAUACGGAGGGAGAUUGAGAUCAUGUCUUCACUCAACCACCCCCACAUCAUUGCCAUCCAUGAAGUGUUUGAGAAUAGCAGCAAGAUUGUGAUUGUCAUGGAGUAUGCCAGCCGAGGCGAUCUGUAUGAUUACAUCAGUGAGCGGCCACGGCUGAGUGAGCGGGACGCCAGGCAUUUCUUCCGACAGAUCGUGUCUGCCCUGCACUACUGCCACCAGAACGGGAUCGUUCACCGAGAUCUCAAGCUGGAAAACAUCCUUCUAGAUGCCAAUGGAAACAUCAAGAUUGCUGACUUUGGCCUCUCCAACCUGUACCACAAAGGCAAGUUCCUCCAGACGUUCUGUGGGAGCCCUCUCUACGCCUCGCCUGAGAUAGUCAACGGGAAGCCCUAUGUGGGCCCAGAGGUGGACAGCUGGUCUCUGGGCGUUCUCCUGUACAUCCUGGUGCAUGGCACCAUGCCCUUUGACGGGCAGGAUCAUAAAACACUGGUGAAGCAAAUCAGUAACGGGGCUUACCGUGAGCCGCCCAAGCCGUCCGAUGCCUGUGGCCUGAUCCGGUGGCUGUUAAUGGUGAACCCCACCCGUCGGGCCACACUGGAGGAUGUAGCCAGUCAUUGGUGGGUCAACUGGGGUUACACCACCGGAGUCGGGGAACAGGAAGCCCUGCGUGAGGGUGGGCACCCUAGUGGUGACUUUGGCCGGGCCUCCAUGGCGGACUGGUUACGUCGCUCCUCGCGCCCCCUCCUGGAGAAUGGAGCCAAGGUGUGCAGCUUCUUCAAGCAGCACGUGCCGGGAGGUGGAAGCACUGUACCUGGGCUGGAGCGGCAACAUUCUCUUAAGAAGUCCCGAAAGGAGAAUGACAUGGCUCAAAAUCUGCAAGGUGACCCGGCUGAGGAUACCUCUUCUCGCCCUGGCAAGAGCAGCCUUAAGCUUCCGAAAGGCAUUCUCAAGAAAAAGUCCUCUACCUCGUCAGGGGAGGUACAGGAGGACCCUCAGGAACUCAGACCGGUGCCUGAUACUCCAGGGCAGCCUGUCCCUGCUGUAUCCCUGCUCCCAAGGAAAGGCAUCCUUAAGAAGUCUCGACAGCGUGAAUCUGGUUACUACUCCUCUCCAGAGCCCAGCGAGUCUGGGGAACUCUUAGACGCCAGUGAUGUGUUUGUGAGUGGGGACCCCGUGGAGCAGAAGUCUCCACAGGCUUCAGGGCUCCUCCUCCACCGCAAGGGCAUUCUCAAACUCAAUGGCAAGUUCUCCCGCACAGCCUUAGAAGGCACUACCCCUAGCACCUUUGGCUCCCUGGACCAACUGGCCUCCUCCCAUCCUGCAGCCCGGCCCAGCCGCCCCUCAGGGGCUGUGAGUGAGGACAGCAUCCUGUCCUCCGAGUCCUUUGACCAAUUGGACUUGCCUGAACGUCUUCCCGAAACCCCACUGAGGGGCUGUGUGUCUGUGGACAACCUGAGGGGGCUUGAGCAGCCUCCCUCAGAAGGUCUGAAGCGAUGGUGGCAGGAAUCCUUGGGGGAUAGCUGCUUUUCUCUGACAGACUGCCAAGAGGUGACUGCAGCCUACAGACAAGCCCUAGGAAUCUGCUCAAAGCUCAGCUGAGGAAGGGAGAUGGUGCCCUAGUAUGGGGUAGGCUCUGAGAGGGUUUGCAGAGGAACCCUGGGUCGGAUUCCUCCAGUGAAUAGAGUACAUCAAGGGCUCUACGUCUGCAGCCUGACUGAACCUGAAAGAUGAGAGAAAUCGCAUUGAUGUGGAAAGGAAUGGGAACCCUUGCUGCCCGAGUGUUAUAGUGGGGUGGCCUGAAGGUGCCUACCUCCUUUGUGCCAUGAGUGUCACCCAUGACAUUUCCCACCCUGUUCUCUGGCUGCACCUUCACAUAAGUUUCUGUUUCCAUCAACCACCAGGGUUAGAACCCUGACUUCCUGGGAGGUAAUGUGUAGUGACUGCCAUUAUUUAGAGAGGAAACAGCCUCUGGUUUCCAUCUCUGCUGCUGUGCAUCUCAAAGACCUGGGAAGACUCGGACCGCUGUUUGACUUCAUCUCAAGGGGACCAGAUGCCCCUGGACCCCAUCUUAGAUCUCAGAGACUUGAACCUUGAAGCUGUUCCUAGUACCCAGAUGUGGAUGGAUGCUCUGUUUCUCAGGCCAACGGGACCUAGAAUGUGCUGACUUAUUUAUUUUUUUGUGAUUCUCACUUCUGUUUUUUGGUUUUUGUUUGUUUGUUUGUUUUUGUUUUUAAGUGAAUUUUGCUGCUUUCAAUAAUGUGAAUGCUGUGUUCUGGGGAACUCCACUGUGCCACUGAAGUUUAUGUACAGAGAAGUAUUUGGCAAUGAUGUCCCUCUAUUCAAGGGGGGUGGGGGCGUUUUUCAAAUGUAUGUCUUGAGCACUGUCUGGAUUGAGUCUCCAGUCCCUUCACACCCAAGGCUGGCCACCCUCCCUCAUCUUCAUCUGUGGCCAAAAAAAAAAAAAAAAAAAAAAACAACCCUCAUUAAAACCAGCAGUGGUAACUGGAAAAACAGUCUCUUGUUCACUUUGGGGACUUGGGUUCACACAUCUUUAAGCCUUUUGAUAUUUGUGACCACAGAUGGGACACAGAUUCUGUUUAAUGGAAAUAGGGCAAGGGGGUUAGGAGGUGCAGCUGGGUGGGUCAGGAUGCUGUUUAAUGUGUGCUCUCAAUCCCCAGGAACGUAAAAGAAUAAAAUCAAUCAAUCAAACAAA